CACCUUGCCUCAGGCUGCUAUAAUUGGCCGCCUCUCUGGCUGCUCAGACCGCAUAUGUUUUGGUUUGUUUGGCUCCGCCGCAGCGUCUCACUUCCGUGUUGUGUCUCCUUAAAGCAGGAAGCAGAGCGGUGUUGUGUGGGAGCUAAUCUGCUGCUGUUUACCUACAGGUGGUCAGCGGCUAACAGAGACUCUGCAUCCGGAUAGCAGGUGAAGCGGAGCGGCGGGGGAGAAGCUACAUGGAGGCUAACUGACGGGGCUCGGCUGGAACAGUCUGCGGUGCUUUAGCUCCACAAUGCCAGCCGGGGUCUGUGGCUGCUGUGGGCCGCUGAGACCGAGAUACAAGCGACUGGUGGACAACAUCUUCCCAGAGGAUCCCAAAGAUGGCCUCAGUAAGUCCGACAUGGAGAAGCUCACCUUCUAUGCCGUCUCGGCACCAGAGAAGCUGGACAGAAUCGGAGCGUACCUGGCUGAGAGGCUGAGCAGAGAUGUGGUGCGACAUCGCUACGGGAAUGUUGUGAUUGCCAUGGAGGCUCUGGACCAGCUGCUGAUGGCCUGUCACUCUCAGAGCAUCAAACCCUUCGUGGAGAGUUUCCUACACAUGGUGGCCAAACUGCUGGAGUCCAGAGAGCCGGACCUGCAGGUUCUGGGAACAAACUCGUUUGUGAAGUUUGCUAACAUCGAGGAGGACACCCCUUCCUACCAUCGUCGCUAUGACUUCUUCGUCUCUCAGUUCAGCGCCAUGUGCCACUCCACUCAUGAAGACCCAGAGACCAGAACCAGGAUCCGUGUUGCUGGGAUCAAAGGUCUUCAGGGUGUGGUGAGGAAGACUGUGAACGAUGAGCUGCAGGCCAUCAUCUGGGAGCCUCAGCACAUGGAAAAGCUGAUUCCCUCCAUGCUGUUCAACAUGCAGGACGCUGAGGACCUGGACAGGGCAGGACAUCCCAGCACCCCAUCGGGGACAGGUCAGGAUGGCGAGGAGAACCCAGCGGUGUUGGCUGAGAACUGCUUCAGGGAGCUGCUGGGCCGGGCAGCAUAUGGCAACAUGAAGAAUGCUGUCAGACCUGUGUUGGUUCACCUGGACCAUCACCACCUGUGGGACCCCAAUGAGUUUGCUGUGUCCUGCUUCAGAAUCAUCAUGUACUCCAUCCAGGCUCAGCACUCUCACCACGUGAUCCAGCAGGUUCUGAACCACCUGGACGCCAACAACAAGAGCACGCCGCGGGUCAGAGCCGGUAUCGUCCAGGUCCUGCUGGAGACGGUGGCCAUUGCUGCUAAAGGGUCCGUGGGUCCGACGGUGCUGGAGGUCUUCAACACUCUGCUCAAACACCUGAGGAUGAGCGUGGACUUCGAGCUGGGCGAGAGCUCCAGGAGAAACUCCAGCAGCAGCGUCUCGUCCGUCCGUGGCAGAGAGAGCGACGAGCGAAUCGUCCAGAACGCCAUCAUCCAGACCAUCGGGUUUUUUGGGGGAAAUCUGCCAGAUUACCAGCGAGCUGAAGUCAUGAUGUUCAUCAUGGGGAAAGUGCCAGUGUAUGGGACCCCCUGCCACACCUUGGACACAGUUAAGAUCGGGCACCAGGGGACCAAGAGGAUCCAGACGAUGCUCCUCAGCUCCCUCAUCAUGGUUACCUCUGGGUUCAAGUCCAAGUCCAUGUCGGCAGCGUUGCCCCCUCCCUUCCUGGACCCGCUCUUCUCCAUCUCGCUGAUGGAGGACAGCGAAUUGAGACAGUUGGUCCUGGAGAUCCUCCACAACAUCAUCGAUCGCCAUGACAACCGUGCCAAGCUACGCGGCAUCAGAAUUAUCCCAAAUGUUGCAGCUCUGAAGAUUAAAAGGGAGAAAAUUUCUAAACAGGACGUUGCGUUCAUGAAAAAGCAUGGUCAGCAGCUCUAUCGCCACGUCUAUCUGGGUUGCAAAGAGGAAGACAACGUCCACAAAAACUUUGAGCUGCUCUUCACCACUCUGGCCAUUCUGACCAUCGAGCUGGCCAAUGAGGAGGUGGUCGUGGACCUCAUCCGACUCUCCAUUGCACUGCAGGACAUGGCUCUAAACAACGAGGAAAACAUGCCAAUGUCGAUCCGCUGUGGUAUCAUGGCACUCGUGGCAGCGUACCUCAACUUCCUGAGUCAGAUGAUCGCCAACCCACCAUUCUGUCAACAUGUCAGUAAGGUAAUUGAGCUGAGAAGCAUGGAUGCCCCCUACCUGCUGCCUGAACACAUAUUUAGAGACAAGUGUUCUCUUCCUGACUCUUUGGACAAGGAUGACAGACAGCUGUAUUUCCAAACAGCUGACAUGGCCGAGUGUCUGGCAGGGCCAGGGUACAACGUGGAGAGGUUGUCCAUUCCGUACAUUCCCCAGGUCACAGAUGAAGACCGCCUGACCAGGAGGAAGAGUUUUGUGGACACCAUUUCCCUUCAAGUGGACAUGUUGUCCAGCAGCCUCCCAGAUAGGCAGUCGGAGUUGGCUGAGGAGAUCACAUUUGAGACUCUGAAGAAGGCUAUCGAUACAACGGGUUUGGAAGAGCAGGAGCGAGAGAAGAGGCGUCAGGUGAUGGAGAAGUUCCAGAAGGCUCCGUUUGAGGAAAUUGCUGCUCACUGCGAGUCAAAGGCCAACAUGCUCCACGACCGUCUGGCUCAGAUCUUUGAACUAACGAUCCGGCCGCCCCCCAGCCCCUCUGGAGUGGUUUCUAUCUCAGCGGGACACACCCAGCAUCCAUCCGUCCCCGUCUACGAGAUGAAGUUUCCAGACCUGUGCGUCUAUUGAACAAAAUCAUUAAAGAUGAUGGAAAAACCGAAUGGAAAGAGGGCGACCUCCACACUUUCUCUCUGAGGUGGCAGGGAUGCAAUCAGGGACACAAACAUGCAUCAAAUAUGAACCAGCAGAGCGGCUGCAUGUUGUUUCUCUGACUCGCAUCCCUGAACCAAAACAGUUGUAAAGAACAAAAACUAGAACAAAAGAAACCGCUUUAAGCUCCGUGUUGACGUUCCGACGCUCCAGCUUCACAUAGAUAAACUCCAGUAUAAAAAUGUUCUUGUAGAAAAGAAAUAAGUAAAUAAAACUACAGGUUUUAGCAGUUAUUUAACAGAUAAACAGUAGUGGACCACUAGUAGAAAAGUAAACUCUAAAGCAGUCUCAGAGAUGAAGGCUAACAUCAGCGUUACGAUCGGCUCAGUCUGAUCUCCUGCAAUAACUCCUUAAUAUCUGCACAGUCAGCUUAUUGUCAUAUCAGCUCGGGUAAAACACAGAAGGUCACAGUUCACUUUAAAAGGCUCCUUCCAGAUUUAUGUGUAACUUUUGCAAUAAUUCUUUCAUCAGAUUUUGCUACAUCUUCUUUGCCCUUACUUAUUUGGAUAUUAAUUAUAGUGUAAUCUUUACGAGACAUUGCAGUAUUGGCAUUUUUAUUAUCCAAAUAUAAAGUGUUCUGGUAGUAAAACUCACAAAAAAAUCUCCUUACAAAAUAAAUAUGGAACAAAAUCAUCAUAUAAUUUGUUUAUAACUUCUCUUAAAAAUUAAAUUUUUAAGAGCAGUUUCUUAAAAACCUGAUCAUAUUAUCCCCUCAGUUCAUUAACUAAAAUACAUUUUAAGAUGGUAUACUAAAAUGUUAUUUUUCCAACCAACAACUGCUGUUAAAAAUAAUGGUAUAACGUGAGAUUAAAAAAGUAAAAACUGGUCAACUUUACUUUCAGUCUGAUAGGUUUAUUAAAACUUCCAAGAUCAAUAAGCACAAAACUUAUAAUUUUUCAUUUUUAUUUAGCAGUUUCAUAUAGAUUUUGACCAGAAAAUAAAAGCAGAGCAAAGUACCAACUUAAAACCUUUUUUGUAUUUACCUGUUAAAGUGCAGUUCAGUUUAACAGCAGUAGGUGGCAGUAUUUAAGAAUUUCCCAUCUUACCAGAACUUAAAAAACAGGUUUUCAACUUUUGUAAACCUUAGCUAAAAAUAAAUCUACCAUCGCAGCUAUAAAUCUACAUAACCGGAUUAUUCUCUUUUAGUUUUUAAACUUUAGUACCUUUAAUCUGGGUGCCCCUCUCCAGCCUUAAUACUGAUUUCAUGCAUGAACAAAAGGGGGCAGUAUAUCUCAAAUGUAAAAUAUUGCAACAUAAAACUAGCUAGUCUGGCUACUAGCUACUGCUAAAAUGAAACCGCUGAUUUAAAAAAAGAGGCAAAGGGGAUCUCUUUGGACAUGUUCUUAUUAAGGCUCUUCAGUCAAAUAGUCUGGUUUUAAGUAGCUCUCAUCUUCCUGUCACAGUUACACCAGGAUUUUGUGAGCUGGGUUUGAAAAGUAUGAAUCGAUCAUCCCCCCUUGUAGCUGCAGGGUGGCUUAUAGGUUUAUAGAUAUGAAGGCUUUGAUCAGUCCUUUAAACAUCUUUCUUUAAAUUAAGGGUGCAUUAAUAUGCCCCGAGUCCUUUAAAGCUUAUGAAAUCUAAGAAUCAGUGACCAGGUUGUUGUGAAACAGCCGCCCAGGUUAGUUCUGAGUGGCUUCAUGAGCCCAGGCUGCAGCUGUGAUCUGUAAAAACAGAUGGUUUAUCAGAACAUUCCUCUAAUCUAAACUCAGCGUGAGGGGAAACCUGCUGCCGCUGCUCAAUCUGGCUCAGUGUCAGGCUGAAAGUCCACCUUUUCUUCCAGCUGUUUCAGGCAGGAGAAACGGUCCAAUUAUGGAUGUAUACGGUUUUUAAAUUGCCAGCCUGAGCCUGUUAUAACUGAACUGCAGAUGAUUGGUUUAACUAGGCCUGUUUGGAAGCAGUUGUCUGGUUU